AUGAGGGGCAGGUCGGCUCUGAUCUCCCGAGGUGCUGCUCCUGCUCUGACGCUGCCUAGGGCUGCUUUUGGUCCAUCUGCUGCCCCUCCUUCUGCUCCUGGAGCCCGCGCGCCCGCGCCCCAGGCUGGGAGGCUCUCGGGCUUCAAGCUUAGCAAGAGGAAGGUGAACUACACCUCGGUGGACCAGCCGACUCCUGCGGCGAAGAAGAGGAAGGAGGCGGCGGUGGUGCUGCUCGGGACCAACCCGCCUGCUCUGGCUGUGUCUCCCUCCAUGGAGAAGGGCAGCUCUGACGUGUCCGUUCGGGCGGCGCUGAGCCAGGCCACGGUGACCUCUGAGAAGGAGAAGCAGGCCGCCGCCCAAGCAGCGGCUGCUCGCGAGGCGGCGCUGAAGGACGUUGAGGCCGCCCAGGAUCGCUACCGGGCGUUGGAGGCCGAGCUGAAGACCCUGCGCAACGAGCGUGUAGAAGAAGCCCGUAGCCGCAAGGUGGAGGAGGAGAAGAUGAAGGCCUGGGAGGACGCCAUCAAGGGUCGUGACCCCGAGCUGGAGCAGUCGGCGAAGGCGCAGGCCACUGAGCGCGGCGGGCUGGAGGAGCUGGAGCGGAAGGUGGAGGCGGAGAAGGCCGAACUUGAUGCCAAGGCAAAGUUUCUGGCCGAGGACCGCGCGGCCUUCGCGUUCCUCGAGGAGAGCCACCUCCAUCUUCGCGAUCCUGCCGCCCGCCUUGACAAGCCGCUGGAGCCUGUGGACGACGAGCACUGCGCAGCCGCUGCUGCAGUCAUGAAGGGUCAGGUGGAGGCCCUGCUGAAGAAGUUCCGCGCCUUCGCUCCCGCGCCUUCGACCGGCGAUGCUACUAAUCCUGCAGCCCCAGCUGGUGGUACAUGUGAAGGUGAUGCCACCUAG